AUGAGUAAGAGGAUAUCAGAGGAUGCUGCCGGUGAGUGUGCAGAUUGUCACAGUAACCAUUAUAAAGUUUGUGACUCGGGUUUUCAACCCUUCUCUUUGUCUUCCAGGUGUUCCAUACUUGCCUGUAGUGCUUACGUGGCUCUGGCUUUGGGAGAUAACCUCAUGGCUUUGAAUCAUGCAGAUAAACUUCUUCAGCAGCCCAAGCUGUCAGGAUCUCUUAAGUUUUUGGGCCAUUUGUAUGCUGCAGAAGCCCUCAUUUCACUGGACAGAAUAUCUGAUGCCAUUACUCACCUGAACCCAGAAAAUGUCACUGAUGUCUCUUUAGGGAUCUCUUCAAAUGAGCAAGACCAAGGAUCAGACAAAGGAGAAAAUGAAGCAAUGGAAUCUUCUGGGAAGCGGGCCCCUCAGUGCUACCCCAGUUCCGUCAACUCUGCCAGGACUGUGAUGCUGUUCAACCUUGGCAGCGCCUACUGCCUCCGGAGUGAAUAUGACAAAGCCCGGAAAUGUCUCCAUCAGGCGGCUUCAAUGAUCCAUCCAAAGGAGGUGCCUCCAGAAGCCAUUUUACUGGCAGUCUACCUUGAACUGCAGAAUGGUAAUACCCAGCUAGCCUUGCAGAUCAUCAAAAGAAAUCAGCUGCUUCCAACAGUGAAAGCACUGUCCGAGAUGAGAAAGAAGCCAGUGUUCCAGCCCGUCCACCCCAUCCAGCCCAUCCAGAUGCCAGCUUUCACUGUACAGAGGAAGUGAUGUUUUGCUCUCAGAAAACUGUUACCUGAGUCCUGGGGGAGCAUCUGCAAGCCUUUUAGUUGUAUCAUACUCAUAGCAAAAUGAAUAAAAAGCAGAUGGUGAUGGGUGCUAGUCUCGAAGACACAAUUUUGAAACAAUUCUAACCCUCUUUUUUUUUUUUUUGCCAGGAGCUCACUUAAAAUUAAGAAUUCACAAACUCAUUUUCUUCCUUUUUUCUUUACUCUUUAGAAGACUUAAUUUUGAGUCAUUAUAUGAUGUAACUAUGUCAUAGGUAAUUAAAACAUGUUCUUAUCAGAA